GAUCAAAUGGAAACAAAGGCCAAUCGUCAAGCGGUCCGUUUCUCGCCGGGCUCUCUUACCGGAUUUCCAUUGGCAGGUUUCAAAACAACGGCAGCCAAUGUGAAAGUAGAGAAGAAGCCGGGCGUUGGGGAGAGUUGGGCGCUGAUAGCGCCCCGAGCUGAGGCUGCUGCGGAGCCAUGGUCGGGUCGGGGGCUGCCCACGCCGCCGCUGUGGAAGAGCGGCGCAAAAAGCUCCAGGAAUAUUUAGCGGCCAAAGGGAAGCUCAGAUGCGCCAACGCCAAGCCUUACCUGAGAGAGCAGAAGCAGUGCUUGGGGCCGCCGGUGGCAUCUCUGUCUACGGCUGGACAACCAAAUGAGCCAAUUAAAGAGGCGCGGCGGCCUGCGGCCGGGCGGCCCACCGGUCAGGGACCCCAGCCGGGCCCCCGUGACGUCCGUGGAACCCAAAGGCCCAAAGCCGCUGCUGCAGCCGCUCUGGGGACGGGACCGGCGCGGGGCGGCCUUUCCUCCAGGCCCCUCGGCCCGGCCUCGGGGCCUCCCCCCUCCCAGCACCUGCCAAAGGCAGCGCCUCAGCCCGUGCAGACGCUGCCUGGAACGUCCGGCCGCUCCCACGAGACCCAGAACGCGGCCGGGCCCGGCAUCCCCGAGAGGAUCCACACCGGGGACCGGCUGCUGGGAGACGCCUCCAAAGAGACAGACAAGGAGAACCGGCCCGGCCCGGCCGCUGCGGGCCCAGAGAGGAGGCCACAUGCCGGCCUGCGUGCCGCCGGCGGACCGAAGGGCGGAUGGGGCCAUCCCAGCAGACGCGGCCUGGGCCCGGCCGACGGAGGGGCCGCCAGGAGCGCCCCGAAGGAGCCGAGCCACGCCGGGCUUCCCAGGGGAACGUCCUACCGGUGGCUCCCCGGCGGGGCGGGCGGGGAGAGACCGAAGGCCAGAGAGCCCAGGACGGUCUCAGCCCAGAGCCUCGCCAGGACUCGGGAAUCCAAGAAAGAGGCCACGCGGGGCCCCAGGGGCGAGCCGGAAGGUUACCGCGCAGCGUUACCGGCCCCCAGAGGGAGCCUCCCGCAGAAGAAGCCCCCACGGCUUCCAGGGGCGAAGCUCAGAGGUCCGCAGCACCUGCAGGGAGCCCAGGCCGGGGCCACGAGGAAGCCCCCCGGAAGGGCAGGACAGCCUCACCGGACGGGCAGCCCCUCCAAAGCCCCUGCACGGCCGCCUCCGAGGAAGCCGCCGCAGAGCCUGGCCUCCAAGGCCCAGAGGACCGUGUCCUGGAACUGUUCGGUGAAAUGCGUGAACCCCGAAGCGCAGCCCUGCGUCCGCCGGACCAAGCCCCCCACGGCACCAGAGCCCAGGACCCAGCCCAAGAGAGGCGGGGAGGACCGAAGGAAGAAGCUCGAAGAAUGGCUGGCGUCCAAAGGGAAGACCUAUAAACGGCCGCCUAUGAAAUUUCAAGCCCAAACUAAAAGAGUGCAGAAACUCAACCAUUCAUUCUGGAAAAGCAUGGAAGAGGAGGAGGAGACCCAGAAAGCCGAUCUGGACCUGUCACACAGAAUCAGCAGCACCCUGGCGGAGUGCCUGAAGCUCAUCGAAGAGGGCGCGCGCUCCGAGGAGAUCCUGGCCAUCCUCUCGGGCAUCCCCCAGGCCGAGAAGUUCUCCAUGUUCUGGAUCUGCAAGGCCCGGCUCCUGGCGGGGGAGGACAUCGAGGCCGUGAUGGGCCUCUACGAAGCCGCCGUCCGCUGCGGGGCCACGCCCAUCCAGGAGCUGCGAGACGUCGUCCUCGAUAUUCUGAAAAGCGCCAAGACGCCACAAGGGAUUGGCAGGGAGACGACUUCGGCGGAGGAGAGGCCGGAGGAAGAGCGCUCCCGAGGACCCAAUUUUCUGACUCCGGGAGAGAGAAUAGCCAUUGGAGCCACUCCUGGAGCGUCGGGCCGCGGCAGAGACCAUCCUUCCUUGCCUUGUAUCAAGCUGCAGAUCACCCCCUUGCCGAGAGCCCCUGGGAUGCCCGAGGCCCAGGGCGUGAAGCUGGUCACGCCUGUGCGGCGCUCCCUGAGGAUUGAGCAUGCGCAGCCCCACUACCCAGACCGGCUGCGGGAGCACUGCACCGUGGUGGCGUCCCUGGGACAGCUGCCGCAGGUGGCACAGGCCGAUUGCUACCUCUACUGCAAGAACGAGGCCCUUCCGGAGGACGCCGAGCUCUGGCUCUUUGCCUCCUAGCCUCGGCCCCCCUAGGCGCCCUGGCGCUUCAGAAGCUGGGCCUGGGCUCGCCGGCCAGGGCCCCACGCAGCCGUGAAGUCCCGAGGGAGCGCAUUCGGGCCCCGGGCGCUUUGAACACUGCACUGCCCCGUGCGGCAGCCCCGCCCGGGCUCUGUGAUGAUGGUUUUGAGACAGUAUCCGAAAAGAUACGGCCUUCCAGUGAGUAAGUAUUUAUUUUCCUUUGUUCUGUCGCUGAGGACGUCCGCACCUUUAGUUAGCGCUUUAUGCUCACGCCUGCACUUUACAUUCACCGCCUCAGUGGAUCCGCACCCUGGACCCAGAAAGGACGGAGCCCAAGUAGAAACGCACCCAUUUUACAGAUGAGAAAACAGGCUCGAGUUAAGUGGCUUUCCCAGGCAGAUGUAGAAUUCCAGCCCAGGACCUCAGGCCACCCUGCCAUUACUGCGCGUCCAGGCUCUCUGCAGCCCACACAAAGGCCCGUGUUCACCCAGCAACGCAUCAGGGUCAUCAAUCCUCGACUGUCCCAUCGGCACCACAGGCAAAGACAAAUGUGACUGAGCACACGUGACCCAAGAGAAGGCCCUGGAGACACAGGCCCAACCAGAGACCGGAAGGGGCGGGACUUAGGGGCCAUGCCCCCUGCAGAAGCAUGGCGCCCUCACCUCCUUUGGGUGGAGAAGUGGAGCUCUGGCAGACUUGAAAAUCGGCACAGGUGUAGACCCUAUUGGAUAAGACGGGGAACAACCGGCAGAGUGUGUCAGGUGUUCUUGGGGGUCUUCCAUCACUAAAAUUCUUGAAUAAAUCGUCUAGCAAAGCGCCUUCAUUUUGCGAGCAAAGAAAUGGGCUUAGAGGGGUUAGGAGCCUUGAUUUUGAGCUGGAAGAGACCCUAGAGCCUCUCCCGUGCCCCUCCCCAGUUUGUGGCCAAGGCCACCCAGCAGCGCCGGGAUGUGGACCUUGACUUUUCUGAGUCUAAAUCUAGCCAACUUUUCGUGCAGCCCACUGGGGCUUCCUUGGUGGGAAUCUCCUCCUCAGAGUUAGGAAGGCUUCGAGAGGCAAUCAGUGACCAGGGGCUGCCUAGCAUCUCACUGUCUCACUAGCGACAACCUCCUCCAGCUGGGGACAGCUCUGAUUGUUUUCAAAAGGAAAAGAAAAUGUCUCAAGCCCAACUCUCCUUUUUUUCUUCUGAGUUCCGCCCUCUGGAGCCAAGCAGAAGGUAUAGAGACACAUAAUGGCCUUCCAGUUUUACAAACAUUUACUAACCACUUCCUAUGUGGGAGCCCUUUCAGCUAUUGGAAGAUAAUCCGGUUCUCCCCCAGCCUCAGACUCCUCAGUUCCUUCGACCAGUUCUCGUAUGGCAUGUUCUCCCUUCCUCCCAUCAUCCUUGAUGGUCGCUUCUGAAUGUGUUCUGGUCUAUGCGGUUCCUAAAAUGAAGUGUCCAGAUUUUAAUGCAAUGCGCUAAGUGCCGCCUGGUCACGGGGAGGGCAGGGUACUCUCGGGCUGGGGCUAGCAGAGCCCAGGACAGCCCUGGCUUUUUUCCACUGGCCUGUCAAACUGUGGACACAUCUUAAACUUGGAGAUGAAAAAUGCCCAGAUUUUUUUCCAUUGGAACUUUUGCCAGUCACACUUCGCUGGUCAUCCUCAAGUUUGGUGAAGAUUCAUUUUUAACCAGAGUGGGCCCUGACUAAACGUCACUUCCUUUUAUUGAUAUGUCGUCGGGGUCUUUUGGGGUCCCGCCAUCCAAUGUACCACCUCCUCUCUCUCUCUUCAUGGCAUCUGAAUAUUUGAGAAGCCCAACUUCUCUGCCUUUAUCCAAGUCAUAGAUAGGUAAAAUAUUAAAUAGCACAGAACUAACAAGAGUGGGGCUUUCCACUGGAGACAUCCCUCAAGAUUUCCAUGAGUCCAUUGAUGAUUGUCCUUUGGGUCCUGGCAUUCUGGCAGAACUCGGGCUGCCCAACUGGGCUGUCUUCUACCCCACAUUUCUAUCCUGUCUACAUGGAUAGUGUGAGAGGUUUUGACAAGGACUUGUACGGAAUCUCAGUUUAUUCCACGUAAAGCAUUUUCCUCAUCUCUGCCCCAAAUGGGACUACAUUGGUCUUCUCCGGUUUUGUAGCAUCUCUCCCAUUUUCUAGGAUCUUUCAAAGGUCAUCAAAUCAACUUAACAGUUAGCAGUCACCUCUGCCAGUUUUUCCAAUACCCAAGAUUUCAUUGUAGCUCUGUUAAGAAAGCUAGAUGCAUCUUAUCUUCUUUCUUAUCUUGAGUUUCAACUUCCUGUUCACUUUUUUCUCUCCUUCCAUAGUUUGCUUCUUAGAAGUUGACCAGAAGGUUAGUUCAGCCUCUCUCCAUUUUGUUAUUAUCUCAUGUCCAUUGCAAAGGAGUUCUCUCUCUUCUUUGAUAAACUCCUCUGCCUCCAGUGGACCCAACCCACAUUUAUGAUCUUUAGCAUUCAUCCUUGCCUCAGCUCCUAGGCUUCACCUGGUUUUACACUAUUCCUACGGGCAGGUGGCUCUCUGUUGCAUUCCUCCACAGUUUUCACUGAGGAUCUUUGUCUGGUGUGGACGUGAGUUCCCUGUGUGGCCACAUCCGUCUCCUUGGACAGUUCUCUUCAUACUCUCACCCAGUGCUGCCCACUGAAUUUUGUUCUUGAGAACCUUUAGAUUUCUCUUGAGCUGACUUCUCCCAGAGAAUGCUGGGUUGUUGGAGCCCUCCCUACCCUUUCUCUGAACCCUUUCAAGUGUCUGGCUUUCCUCUUAGCAGGCAAAUAAGAGAAAAAAUUAAAAUUAUCUGGCAUCACCAAAUCAUGGUUAUGAAUACUGCUUGCCACCUUGGGCCAUCAGUCCCUUUGGUGGGGGAGCUCACCUCCUCCUUCUCAUCUGUUAGUUCUCACUCUCACAUCUUGAUGAAGUGGGCACAGCUUCUUUUGGGUAACAGGGAAGCCGAAGUGCAGAGGUUAAAGUGGUCCAUUUGCUAUCACACGGUGGUGAAGCUCCAGAUAACCAGAAUCCACUUCUACCAAUCCUUGUGUUUCUCUUUUUAGGGUUGGCAAAAGUUAUCAAGAAGGUUGGUUUGGUUUGGUGUUUGUUUUGUUUUUUCAAAUGGACAGGGGGCAAUUAGGUGGCCCAGUGGAUUGAGAGCCAGACCCAGAGACAGGAGGUCCUGAGUUCAAAUUUGGCCUUAGACUAGCUGUGUGACCCUGGGCAAGUCACUUAACCCCCAUUGCCUAGCUGUUACCAUUCUUCUGCCUUGGAACCAAUACACAAUAAUGAUUCCAAGGCGGAAGGUAAGGAGUUUUUUUAAAUGGACAGCGUAGUUUCUGCGUAGUUCUCCAGUAUUAGAAGAGUCCCACCGACUCGGUCUGCCAAAGCCAGGUUUCAUCUAGGAAAGCAAAUGGCAGAUUCAAAGUCAAUGUUAAGUUAGGCCGAAAUUCCAGCUUUGCUUUUGUCCAUGAAAUUCGGUUGCAGUCAUGUGAGGACUUCACGUGGGUCUUCUGGGCCCAGAAUCUAUAUGAGAGAGGAAAGAUGAUAUCCCAGAAGGCUAAUUGACUGUUAAGUGAACCAUGAGUUUCCAUCACAUGGGCGGAUCCCACAUAGGAAUGUUUGAAAUGGUCAGACACGUGUGUGUGCGCACGCACACACACAAUGACAUUUUUUCCACCUUGUUAUAUUCCUGCACCUUAUAAAGAGACUCCUCGGUAGGAAGGGACCCUGCUAGAGAUUUUUUUGGAUGAGUAAAAGGCCCCCCGUAAUGUAAGCUCAGACCCCCUUGUGUGCGGCGUGGUUCCACCCAGGGGGACUCCUGGCUGGCACCCUUUUCCUGCCCGCAGCCCGUGAUGAGAACACAAAGCCUUCAGGGGCGAAUUCUUAGAACUGGGGACAAAGAGGCAGCUUCCUAGCCGAGCUCCCUCGGGAACAAAAUCGCACCACUGUGUCCACAACUGCAGUGUCUUGAGUGGGCAAGUGGUUCUGCAGGCUUAGGAGAUAUACUUCCCAGAGGAAAUGAAUUGGCAUCCAUCAGGGGCCAAUCGCAGCCCUUCUGACCUUCGUAGGACCAGCUAGCCUUGAAGCACGUAGUCUGACAGGGGUUGCUGAUAAAAAGUGGAUGCGAGAACGUGGAGGACAGUGUGCGUCAGUCAUUUCUGUGCCAAGGGAAUAUGCCGGUGCCCUGGAUGCAAGUCGGGAGUGACUGGCGAUUUGCUUCUCUUUGCCUCGCGUUCGCCCUGAGCUUGAAGCUUGCCUGGUCAGCCAAGGGCUCUACAUCCCCCCGACCCACCCUAAGAGAGUCAAAUUCAGUCUAGGGGAGGGGAAGGAGGACAGCAAUGCACAUAGGGCGUUCCUUGGUCCUUUGGGGCAUCUCAUGAUAACUGGCAUUUAGAUAGAGCAAUCUCUAAUGGCGAGAAGCACUUUAGAGACAUACCCUGCCCUGAGAUAAAGCGGAAGGAGAAUCAUGUAACUAUGGGGGGAAAUGUGGGAAAUGUAUGCAUUUGUUUUGCUGAACUAUAUAUCUUACAAGGGAGACUACUAUGGUGGGGUGGGAAUUGCUGGGGAAAAGAAACUUUUAUUUUUUGAAGAGCAGCAUUAAAGCAUUUCCCAAAAAUGUA